AACAUGAAGACAGUGAUUGAAAUGGAAAAUUCUGGUGUUAAUCAUAUGCUUAAACACAACAAAAAAGAAGAUCUAUUCAGAUUGUUCCGCCUCUGUAAGGGAGUCCAAGGUAAAAAUAAUGAUGUUCUAAUGAAUUGGUUGAAGAUGGUGCACGACUGUAUGAGGCGAUACCUUCCGAAAGAGGUGCCAGAAAUGAAAAGUGGUGCACGUCUCAUCUCCUACUUUAAGGAAUUUGAGCGAGUUCUCAAUCUCAUUGCAGAAAAUAAAGGUAAAUACACGGUUAAUUGACUGACGGACGGACGGACUGAUUGUCUGACUGACUAACCGGACGGAUGUAAUAACUGAUUUAAUUAAUUGUUUUUCAUGAUAAAAAUUAAUGUGCUGCUGCUUGUAAGGUCGUGUUGGUAGAUGUAGCUUAAAGAAGUAACAAUAACCAUACUA